AUUCCGCUGCGCCGGUAUUUGCACUCACGAUCACUGCAGCGCCGCCGGUGCAGUGUUGUUGUGGUGUUGACUGUAUUUGUAAUUCUGAACACACACACACGUACACCGACACAGAAUCGGACUUGGACUUGGUCUUGGAUGGUCGAGCCUGGUUUUGGGUCUUGAUUGCAUGCUGGGGCAAAAAUCUGAAAAGUUCCUGAUCCCGAGGCGCGGCUCCUAUAUUACAGGUGGUUCCUAUUUGUACCCUGUAACUGAAGUUGAAGAUAACUAACACAUAGCCACCAUGAUGGGGGAUGAUGAAGCCCGAGAGGUGACAUGCUGCUACUCCUCAGGCAAGGCACCAAGGAUAAAGGAAACAGGAAUAGAUGAUGUCAAAGAUGCAGAGCCAGAUCAGAAGAAUCGAUUGUCUCGAUUCUGCGAGGUAUUUGCGAAGAUCGCCCUCAUCAUCGGUGGAUUCAUCAUCUUCUUGGGAGCGCUGCGGAACACCCUCACAUACUAUCUUCAGAUGUUUUGGGGCGUGUCGGGCGAUUUUUGGAUGAGGCAAUGGGGGAAGGUCUGUGAUGUCUUUGAAGAGGACAGAUUGAAUAUCUCAUUGGCUAUGUUUGUGGCCAUCAUCGUCCAGUAUUGGCUUGUAUGUGCUUUUUUCCUGAUCGUCGACCUUACAAGACCAUCGUUCAUCAUCAAAUAUAAGAUGCAACCAACUCAAAAUGACCCUAUACCAGAAGGCAAACUGCGCAAGGCCGUGCUGACCGUGAUCGCCAACCAGACUCUGGUUACAUUCCCUAUAGCGUUUGGUUUGUACCACUUCAUGGGAUGGAGGGGAUGUGGCGUCGGUCCUGCAGAUCUACCUUCCUUCCAGUGGGUCAUGCUUGAGCUCUUUGUGUUCCUCAUCAUCGAGGAGAUCGGCUUCUACUACUCCCACAGAUUGGCCCACCAUCCAAAGCUCUACAAGUACGUCCACAAGAAGCACCACGAGUGGGUUGCGCCCAUCAGCGUGGUGGCCAUCUACGCCCAUCCCAUCGAGCACAUCUUCUCCAACACCCUCCCCUUGAUCCUCGGCCCCAUGAUCAUGGGCUCCCACGUCGCGACCCUUACCAUGUGGACCAUGCUGGCCCAGGCCUCGGCCAUCAAUUCCCACUGCGGGUACCACCUGCCCCUCUUGCCGUCCCCGGAGGCCCAUGAUUUCCACCAUCUAAAGUUUACCAACAACUAUGGGACACUUGGCAUCCUAGACCGCCUCCAUGGUACGGACGAGAUGUUCCGCAAGACCAAGCCCUACCUGCGUCACUUUCUUCUCCUAGGACUUACACCAGUCACCCAGACUUACCCCGAUGACCCCAAGUGCAGGGAUCUACCGUGUGAUAAGGAUGAAUAACCAGGGGUGACCCCCAUCUCUUCCCCAUAAUCCCCCGACAUAUAUGACCUGCCACCCCUAAACCAACAAUAAGUUGCCCAAAGUGAAUUUUGAGAUUUUUAUUGAACUUGAAAAGCACACCCAAGCUUUUUUUUUUAUUUUAAAAAACUUUUUUGACUAAAUAAAGUAUAAAAAAUCAACAAUUAAUCUCAAAAAUGAGUUUUGAGAUUUUUAUUGAACUUGAAAAGCACACCCAAGCUUUUUUUAUAAUUAUUUUUUUUUUUUAAUUAAAAAAUUACUUUUUGUCUAAAAGAAAUCAACAAUAAAUCUCAAAAAUGAAUUUGAGAUUUUUUUAUUGAACUUGAAAAGCACGCCUAAGCUUUUUUUUCAAAUUUUUUUUUGACAAAAAAAUAAUUUUAACAAAGAAAGAUCAACAAUAAUCCACAGAAAUACUUCAUUGAAUGUGGAAGAAAUUCAGUGAGAGCUCAAAAUGAGAGAAGGUUUGAAGUUGGAGUCCAUUCA